AUGGGCCGACAGUUACACCGCACCAACCUGCCAACACCACAGAGGCGAAAGCUGCGGAGGCGACACUGCUGGCAGAGAAAACAAGCCAAAGAUCGGCGUUCUGCCCACCGCUACAGCGAGGUUCUGAACCUCAAUGUUCUGCCACCAUCCCCAAACCACAAGGAAAAGCCCACGGGACCUUCUUGUGGCUGUCCCCCAAAUCGACCAGGGCCGGGCACUCACACACCAAGCGAGAAUGCCAUGGACUGGCUGUCCACCACCUUCUGUUGCGAGACCAGGCCUGAUAACAUUGGCGGCAACCCACGAGCUGCGCCCAGUAAGGGAAUCGGGUGACACAUCGACGACAAGGGGACAGCCUGACACCAAGUUGCAAAAUACUCAGCAUACUUACCACAACAGGACAGUGUGUCCAGUGGACUAUCUGCGGUACCAGCGGUCGAAACGACGGACCUAUAAGCUAAUAUGUUCCAGCGAGUAUUUCUUAACAGUGUAAUUAAUCCAGUCCCCUGACCACUUGCUUUAUAAGACCAGACCUAGCAGUAUAAUCUUAAACUAAAGUGUUUCAGGCAGCAUGUGUACCCUAUUUGUUUAUCAGAUAAUAAUCAGAAUAAUCUUGUAUGUAUCUGACUAGCAUCUGGCACAGCAUAUUAACUUACUACCUAGAAAGCAAAAAGCAAUGUUAUUAUAUGUUAUGUUUUCAAACUAUCUAAGCAACAUACAUCAUUACUGUCUAUAUCCUAACCUAAAAAAAAAAUGUGUGCAAGAUCUACUGUCUACCCCUAUGUUUAAACUGUGCCUAACGUGCUAGAGGACUGCCUUUGGGGUACCUCAUAAGCAACUGUUAUAAUUGUGCGCACUUCAAAAAUAAAGAAUUUUAUUUUAAAAGUAUUUUUUUUAAUAAUAUCUUGUAAAAUUAUUGAAUUCCUUUUCAGACAGUAGCGAAAUUGGAGCUGAACUACGUCAGGCAAAUAUAAUACCUAUAUUAAAAAAUAAUAAAGAUCCCUCCCUGAUUGAAAAUUAUAUUCAGCCAUUAUAGCAGAUAGAUUGAAAUCUAUAAUUCCAUCUCUAAUCCUUCCUGACCAAACAGGUUUUGUAAUGGGUAUAUAUCCCUCUGACAAUAUUCAUAGAGUAGCAGAUCUGAUUGAUUUAAUUAAUAGAAGGACUGACAAGACUACCUUACUUUCGCUUGAUGCGAAUAAUGCUUUCAACUUAGUGAGCUGGAUCUUUAUGUUCCAAACAUUAAUUAAUAUCUGCUCUCUACACUAACCUCUCAGCCAGGAUAAUAGGCUCGGGUAUUACUUCUUCUUGAUUUAAGGUUCGAAAUGGAACUAGGCAGGUUUGCCCUCUCUCCCCUAUGCUUUAUAUCCUUACUCUGGAGCCCCUUUCUCAAUAUAUUAGAAUGCAUGAAAACAUUAAGGGAAUUCGGUUUAACGAUGUCAUACUGACAUUAACAGAUCCUGAAACUUCUAUAAACUGUCUCCUUAAAGAAUUAAAAAUAUUUGGCAAUAUGUCAAAUCAUAAGCUUAAUGCAUCAACUAUUAUGAGCUGGAAUUUAGAUAAGGACACUAUAGAUACACUGAAGAGAGAAUUCACCUUUAAAUGGGAAACAGACAGUACUGAGUAUUUUGGUAUAAUUCUUACUUCCGAGGCAAAGAAUUUAAUUAAGGCUAAUAGGGAGACAUUUUUGAAUCAGACUACCAGUUUGCUCAAUGUCAGGAUUACUAGUUGAUCCAGCACGUAGCAUUAUGUCACACAGAUGACUAAUAGGUAACGUAUUACCGGGCCUUAGAAUGGCCGGACUUAACGUACCAAAGAAUAGUCAGGAUACUUGCCGAGGUCAGGGGAUACAGAAAGAGACACAACGAUAAGAGAAAGCCAGAAGUCAGGGAUACCAGAAUACAGGGAAGUCAAAAUCAAAGCCAGAGUCAAAAACCAGAAGAAACUUGAAUCAGAAACGCGCUCUCGGACAACCACAAGGAAAACCACGACAGGGCACUGAGCAGGAUGAGAACUGGGCCUAAAUACCCCUCCUUUAGUUCUGAUAGGCUGUAACUGGUCUUUGACCCCAAAGGCAGUUACCAGGUUCCCAUUUGCAUAAAAUCUGUGGAUUUGGUUGCUGCUCGGCACAACUUUUCCUGUGUGGACAGUAAAUGCCAUUAACUACAUUUUUAUAAGCGGAUGAAUAUGGGACACUCAAUGAUUGGAAGCCUUUGGAACUUUCAUGGCUGGGACGAAUUAACGUCAUAAAAUCUUAUGUCCUUCCGAUCUGGAACUAUCUCUAUGGGGUGAUACCCACAUGUUUACAUAGAUCGAAUUUACUUAAAAUACAGAGAACAUUUUCUGAAUAUAUAUCUAAAGGGAAAAAGCCAAGAAUAAAAAAAAAAGAUACUUGAGAAAAGCAUAGAUAUGGGUGGACUAGCAAUUCCUGAUAUUAAAAAAAUAUCAUCACGCUGCUAUCCUUAAACAUAUUUUUAAAUGGUAUAAAACAGAAUCUAAAGAUUCUUGGUAUGAUAUUGAAAAAUUAAUGCUGGAAAUAUCGGAUAUUUCCCUAUUACUGUGGAUUGACCCCCCAAAAUUGGGCAUGGAUAGGAUCUCUGGCAACAAAGGUGGGAAACACUAUUUUACUUAUCAAAUUAUAAAGUUUUGGUCCAGAUUUAAGACAGAACAUAAUUUAUCUCGGGAUAACAGUAUAAGAUCUAAGAGUAGUAUAAGCCUUCUACAAUAUAAUACAUAAGAAAUUAAUUUAUCUACAUGGAAAAAGAAUGGUAUAAAUGUUUUAACAGAUAUCUUAAAUGGUCCUCAUAUGAAAUCUUUCCAUGAACUAGCUCUGGAAUUCCAUCUUCCUUCAAAGGAAGUUUUUUUUUGCUAUCUUAAUUAAUUAAAAGCUGAGUAAUUUUAUAUGCAAAAAAGAUAACGAAAUUAAAGGAUUGGAGUGUAUAAUGAAAUAUGGAGGUAAUGUUAGAACUUUGAUGAAAAUUACAAUUUUUGAUAAGGAUGAUCCAUCUAUAAUAGACCCAGUUAUUAGUAUUAUAAAUAAUUGGAAAAGUGAUCUUGAAAUAGAGGUUCAAAUCUUGGACUGGUAUGAGAUCAUACCAAAAGUAAAGAAAUGUAUACGAUGCUUUAAUCUCAUAGAGUUACAGUAUAAGAUAUUAACUAAAUGACAUUGGGUCCCAAAGAAAAUCAGUAAUAUGUUCCCCACAUAUUCUUACCAAGUAGAAGGUUCCUAUACGCAUAUUUGGUGGAACUGUCAGAAAUUAAAACCUUUUUGGGAAUUAACAUAAAAUGUAUUAGAGAUUCUCACAGACUCUCAUAUAAUUUUCUCUCCCAAAAUUGCUUUAUUACAUCUUGGCUGGCCUAAAAUGUUGUAAAAAAAAAAAUGAUUAUAUAGCUACUCAUAUCCUCAUGGCAGCAAAAAUGGAUUGUAAAAAUCUGAAAGCAGAGGGAGCCUCCAACGUGGAUAAUAUUAAAAACAUCAAUUUCUUUUCAAUUACAAAUGGAUGGAAUAAAUGGAAUAAUUUUAUCCAAGAAGUAUAAGAAUAUAUAUGUAUAUCUUAAAAAUAAAAAUGAGAGAAUAUCCUGAAUGGAUCUAUAUCAGUCUCUAUUAGCAUCUUGCGAUGUCCUUCCCGCAUCUCUCUGCCUCUCUCCCCCUCCACAGGAUUUUGCGUUAGGGGUUCAGGAUACAAAAUAUAGCUUUGUAUGUAUGAUAUGUGUUUUUGAGAUUUGAAAUGUGAACCCCUUUAGCAUUUACUACUGUCUUUCCUAAUGACUAAAGUCCAUCGUGUUUUUUUUUUGUUUGUUUGUUUUUUGUCAAAGAUUUUGUAUUAUUGAAUUUUAGAGCAGACUAACCAGUGUCCGACUUGAUUAAUAAGAGUUCUGGGUUCUGUAGGGAUGUUGGAAUGUUAAUAUUGUACUCUGAUGGCAUGUGAUUGUUUGUCUUUUCUUCUUUAUAUACUUUUCAAAAAAUCUAAAAAUAUUUAUAAAAAAAAGAAGGGUUCUCUCGCAACUCAGUUAUUUGAAGUACAGGUACUCCUCACUUACCAACUGGGUUCUGUUCUUCUGACUCGGUUGUAGAAUGAAUUGGUUGAUGAGUGAGGAGUUGAGGGAUUCCCUGCUCUGGUGCCCUUAUAAAUAAUAUAUAAAACCAACUGCUCUCCAGUCUUAAUACUUCACUGCUUUAUUUCAGAAUGUUUAAAAUACAACAGCAUUGAGGUUUCAAGACUGGAGAGCAGCCGCACAGUUGGUUGUUUAUGUUUGGACUUUUGGAUUAUUUAUGCUUUAGUGCACCCGGCAUUGGAAUAUUUUAAGCGUGAGUGCAAGGAAUUUUCAUUGUGUGUGUGUGUGUGUAUAUAUUGUGAUAAGGUGAAUGGGGUGGUCUGUGAGGGAGUUUAUAUUUCAUCUACAUUGUUUAGAGAGGCAUAUGAUCUUUAACCCCAGGGGGAAUGUGUGUAUGCAUGUAUAUGACUUGAAUGCAUAUUUAGUUAUGGGCCCCUGGGGUGGAGCAUUUGGAGAGAAGGGUGGGCCAGUGCUCCACUCCACUAUUUACUGUUUUCUCUUAGGAGACUAGGUCCAGGCCGGGGUUUUUGGACUGUCUCCAACCCACUGCUCAGCUGCAGGUAAUCCACUGCAGCAGUGGGAAUAAACCCCUCCCUGCUAGGCAGGUAAGGGGAGAAUAUUUAUUUCUCUCCUGAAGUGCUGGAAGCAGCAAGCUGUCCAAAACACUGGAGUGCUGAGAGCUGAAAAAGACACUAGGUUGGUGAAAUCACUUCUUGUUUUUGUUCUAGAUUAAACCCUUGAGAGAGAGGGAACUUGGUGUCAGUUAGAGCUCAGACCGAGCUAGGUUUUUGUUUAUAGGAUUUUGUUACAUUUUGUUUUCAUUUGCUGCUGUAGCUGUGGUGGAGUUUGACAAUAAAACUGCCUGGAUUAUAUGCAAACCAAAGGACUGUGCCUGUUGUUUACCCUAGAGGACCGUGCUACCUGCAGACAAAGAUCACAAUAUAUAUAAUCUCUUUUAUUUUUACAUUUUUGUAUUUUUAGAACACUGAAAGUUCUUUUUUAAUUUUUCCUUGGAAUUUUUCUCAAACUCCCUCUUGGUGCUUGUCUACAAUUGACUCCUGUCUCUUCCUUCCCCUCUUUAUAUUUUCAACUUUUAAAUAGGAUUUAAAAUUGUUUGCAUGUUCCUUGUGUGUGGGGUGUUUUCUUUUUUUUUUUUUUUUUAUCUUUUUCAUCUGAAACCAAAACGGUGUGUAGAAGAACAGUGAAAUUUGGUUUACAUGCACCAUUACAAGGAUAAUAGAGACUAUUGACUAUUAUAAAUUCAGAGUAUAUCAUUAGGCAAUACAGUAACAGGUCUGUUUAGUAAACACCAAUUUUUCUCUGUAUUGGAAUACUUCUAAAAAUGGUCAAAUUCUGACCAGAUUGGCAAUUUGCACAUUUACUAAAGCCAGUUCUGUCAGAUUUCUGUCAUCAUGACCAAAUCUGCACCAUUUUCCAAGAUGCCUCUAGUGUUGAUUUUAAACUUGGUGCUUUCACAUCUGAAUCCUACUGAAACCUAUAUUUUUUAAAAAAUUUUUUUUAUUCCUUCCAAAUAAGGUCAGUCUCCACCAACGCUGCUGUGUUUCUUGGUUCUUAUCUCAUCAAAGGGAUGAGGGAAAAGUACAUGAAGCUUUCCCAAGGAGGUAAGGUGCAGGUCACCUACGUCUGGAUCGAUAAAACUGGGGAAGGAGUCUGCUGCAAAACCAAGACAUUGGACUAUGAGCCCCAGUCCAUAGAAGGUGAGAAAAGAAACUUUUAAAACCCACAUGACAUUCCAUCCCAUCUGUCAUGUUUCUGGCAGCCCCUUUGUGAAUUAUCAGAUGAGAAAGUAUCACUUCUUUCUAAAAUGUAACCUUUGCUGGAUCCUCUUGAAGUUGAGAUGUUGUGUUUUGAUUCUCUUGGUUUUCAAUGGUACACAGAAUCAAGUGUAAAUAGUAUGAAGUGAGGUGACCCAAUGAAGUAGGUGGAUUAUUGAACAAGCAGGCUGAGGGUCAGAGCAGGUGGCUGAUAUCAUAAACCGAAAGACACUUAUCUGUACAAGCAGGAAUAGAAAACAAGCAAGCACUAGCAAAUAUUGGUGCGGAGUAAGGCCAGAAUGUAGUACAGCAAAUGGGUCACAGUUGGAGAUUCAAUAAGAUGGAACACAUAAUUAUAGUCAUGAUGGGGUGGGGAAGUGUUUCUUGUGAACAUUGCUAUUUAUAGAGAUUGGAUGCUCAAUGUGUGUCAUCAGAACCACAGAAGAGGAGGGAAGAAGAUUUUGUAUGACCUGGCUUUGAACCUUUAGUAAUGGGCUCAAACCAAACUGUUCAACAUCACCAAAUUCAGGUGCAUUCUCUGUACGAUGUUUAGAAAGUUCUAUAAAAGCUUAACUCUGGAAGUGAAGAUCUUAUUUCCCAUGAUGCUCACCUAUGUUAUUUUGAUGACCCUCCACGGCAGCCCAUGUGCAUAUCCCAGAUGAAUAGUUGUUACUUGAGUUUUAUUCACUGCAAGUUAAGUUAAUGACCUAUUUGCCCUGUGUUUGCUGGUGACUAGUCUCUGGUGUCCCCAUAGGGGGAUACAAGUGGGUCAAGGCCAGGAAGUGGUGGUUCAUACCGCAAAGUAUCUACAAAGGUUAUACAAAAGGCACGGAAAUAGUGUGAUACUGUAAAAACACAAAGUGCUAAUGCUUCAAGGUUAAACUCACAAGUAUAAGUUGUAUAUAGAGCCCAUCAAAAUGUAGGUGAUAAAAUCCAUUCAAAGUGAUCCUCCGGACAUGCAGAGAUGCAUGCAAAAAUAAAUAAUAAAAUCCAUGGUGCAGCACUUUUAAAUAUAAAAUACACUGCUUUAUUAGAUACACUUACAAGAUGUGUGUAGUUAAAAAGCCCAUCCGUAAGAUCACAGAUGCUGUGAACUGGAUACAAGUGUCCUUGUAGUACUUCACCAGACAGGUGUAAAUUGUGAAUUAAAAAACCACAAAUGAAUAAACAUAAGCAGAAAAAGUUAGGAUAUGCUGAGCUGGUUAGGGCAAUACUUAGAUCUCCCCACUGACCCAUGAAGGGAUAGAUUGUCUACUAGGAAAGUCAUUGAUCUUCCAAGAUUGCAUUGGCUCGGGUAUGUGUUUUUAUGCCCAAUGGCCAGUUCCUGACUGUUCAGGACCUCAGAAAACACCAUCAAUUGAUUUUUAUAUUUUAUCUAUUUUUGGGUGCAAUUUCCCAUUUUUAAGUUUAUACUGAUUUUUGUAUUAAACUGCAAUGGGUUAUCUACAACUUUUAAUCUUCUCUUUCAUCUCUUCUAAAUAAAUAGAAGUAGGAAAAUAAUACAUUGUGACCAUACUCCUUCCAUUUGUAGCAGUUUUAACCCUUGUAUUAUGAUGCCCCCACUUCUUUUAGGGUACAGCUCUAUCAAGAAAUCCCAUUUCUGUUUUGUUGUGUUUAAAAGUUUUGUAGUUGUAAAAUAUAUGGCUUUGUCCAGUUAUCUUCAUGUUUUUUUCCUAUAUCAGAGAUCCCAGAGUGGACCUUCAAUGGGACUGGCACAGGCCAAGCAGAAAGUGAUAACUGUGGCAUGUAUCUCGUCCCGGUCAAAAUGUUCAGGGACCCUUUCAGUCUAGACCCCAAUAAGCUGGUCUUGUGUGAAGCUCUGACAAGUAACAGAACACCUGCAGGUAAGAAUUUUACAAAAAAAAACACAUUUUCACUUUUUUUUUUUUUUUUGUCAUGUCUACUAAAUUGAGCAGUCGGUGGCUGUUCACUUUAACUAAACUAAGGAAUGGACAGCUAAUGCAGUAAACUUUGAUGGGGUGGUGGGAGGCAUGGCAUUGAUUCACCCAUAUGUGACUGACAGGUGGGUGCUGAAUAAAAUAAAUAGAAGGGGCAAAUGCCAUUCAUAAUAACAGGCAAGUCUCAUGAGAGACAAGACGUGGAAUUGAGUUCUCAGUCAGAGUGCUUUGACCCACAAUUGAACAGACUUUAAACUAGACUUAAAAUAUAUAUAUAUACCCGAAUGGUGCAGAUUUGGUCAGGAAGAUAGAAUUCUGACCAGAUUUUGCUUUUAAUACAUUUUAAAAUUGUAAUUCGGGUCAGAAUUCUGUCAUUUUCACCAACUUUUCUUUAUACAGAUAAACAGAUUUCUUUAUUCACCAACUUUUCUUUAUACAGAUGCAAAAAUCCAAAUAUAACAACGUUAAAGGGACACUAUAGGCACCCAGACUACUUCAGCUCAUUAAAGUGGUCUGGAUGCACUGUUCCAGCACCCUUAGCCCUGUCUACCAGACAGUCUAACUGGCGCUGGACAUCCUCACUCUGUGCAUUUGCUUCCUAAUGUGAGUGUGGCCAUUGCCGUGCAUGUGCAUUAGGUCUCCCCCGCCGGUACUAUAGUUUCCCUUUAAGGGAUUGGCUAGCAGCAUUAAAUUACAUUCAGUUUCCAUAUACUUUAGUCUUGCGUGUUUUUUUGUUUUGUUUUUUGAUAAUGGUUGUCAUGACAGUAGCCUCAGUAACGGCAAAUUGCUGGAGAUUGCUGGAGAUCUUCGAAUUACCUUUUUCCCUCCUGCUCAACUUGGUGAGGAAUACUGUGUAAUACUUGGCACUAUUGAUAAAUGCCUCUGUCAAACGAACUAAAAACUGAAUUGUGAUGUAUCUGAAAACUAAUGGCAAAAUUCAGAAAAAGCUGAUUUGGAAAAACCCAGCUAUAGUUGCAACUUGUCUUUAUAGACCUAAACUAUGCUCUUUGGUUUAUCAUUUACUAUAUAUAUUCACUGAAUACUCAGCCUUGUGGAUUUACUUUCUUUUUACACCUGCAGAAACUAACCUGCGUCAGACUUGCAAAAAAAUAAUGGACUUGGUGAAGGAUCAUCGACCUUGGUUUGGGAUGGAACAAGAAUACAUCUUACUUGGAAUCGAUGGUCGCCCUUAUGGUUGGCCCAAUAAUCUUAUCCCAGGACUAGAAGGUAAUACAUUUUUAUAUAAAAGCAUUGCAUGUCUUUAUGUAAAUUACAGAGAAGCCAGUUUUGUAGUUGCCCUAGAAGAAAAAGGAUUAACCUCCAAAAUAAAACUCUUGAUGGAAAUUUCCUGGCCUGACUUUGUAAUGAAUAGUAGAGUGAUGCAUGUUGAUUGGUUACCCUGGUACAGGUAAGCUUCAUAAUUGUUCAAAAAAUGGUAGAACUGAUUAUAGAAAGUACAACACAUAUAGAAAUUAAACCAAACAGACCAAAGAGCUUCCAGACAAAAGGUAAAGAAGUUGAACAUGGCUCCCCCGUCAAAAAACACUGUUACUCUGCCCAUUUGUAUUUGUUACUUUUUUUUUUUUGCAUUUAUAAAAAGUGCUUCUUUAUAAUCAUCUGCAAUGAAUUUGAUGUAUGGUUUGAGUGUAAAGGUGAUUUAGUAGAGUGAAAUAAUUAAUUUUAACCAUCGCAAUUUUCAAGACUUCUCCAGGACUGCACCGUUCCUGUGGAAUUCACUUCCCUCCUACGUUAGAUGCUCACCCAGUCUCCACUCCUUCAAAAAAGAGAUUAUGUUGACUGACUUGCCUAAACCUAACCCCUAGAUUUUUUAUUUAUUUUUUUUUAUUUUUUUUUCACAGAUGACUAUGCAACAGGUCUCGCAUCCUGUUGUGUUGGGAUAGAAAAGGUAUUUGGACGUGAUAUUGUAGAAAGUCACUACAAGGCUUGUCUUUAUGCUGGUAUUGAAAUCUGUGGCAUCAAUGGAGAAGCUAUGCCAUCACAGGUACAACAUUGUCCUGUUGUGUAUUACCUGUUGCUGUCACUGGUUAGUUAUCGAUUUGUUUUCCUAACUCUCUAUUAGCUACUUCUGUCUAUAUUAAGCUUUCAAAAUAAGUAUGAAAACUUGAUGCAUCUGAGCACCCUGAUGCCUCCAAUAUGGGCAGCUUCUACCAAGCAUCUAAGAAUGCAGUGGUACGGAUCUAAUAGCUGGACAUUGUCACUGUGAACUCAUUCAUACAACCAAAUUGACCUAAUCCAUUUGUUUUUACUUUGGUUUCUUAGUGGGAAUUCCAGGUUGGCCCAUGUGAAGGUAUCGAAAUAGGAGAUCAUCUAUGGAUGGCUCGGUUUAUACUUCACCGUGUCUGUGAAGACUUUGGUAUCAAGGCCACUCUUGACCCAAAACCGAUGCCCGAUUACAAAUAUGCUUCUGGCUGUCACACCAACUACAGCACAGAAAACAUGAGGAAGAAAGGUGGAUUAAAGUGAGUUGUAACUGAAAUGUGUCUUCAGAAUAAAGAGAACUUUUACGGUUUGUGCACAACUAGCACUUGUGAGUCUUGGCAGGAAAAUUAUACUGGUUUUAAUUCUCAUUGCUCCACUUUAAAAAUUUGCCACAUAAUUCCUGUUUUCCCUGUUCGGCAAUGAGAAAUUUUAUAGACCAAGUAAAAUACAUGUAGAUGGCACAUUGAUUUGUGAUAACUGAUUUGUUUAAGCAUACAGUACGUUCGUCAUGCUUUUCUGGAAAAAAUGUAAACCAACCAUUUAUGAAAAGCUCAAUCUACUUUUCCUACAGCGAUAUUGAAGAUGCAACUGAAAAAUUGGGGAAGAGGCACAAUUACCAUAUCUCUGUCUACGACCCCCAUGGUGGCAAGGAUAAUGUCCGUCGUCUGACUGGUGAAUUUGCAACCUCAAGCUUCCAUGAAUUUACCACUGGCAUUAACAACUGCUCUGUUGGCAUUCGUAUUCCUCACCAAGAUGAGCAGGAGGGCAAAGGGUACUUUGAAGAUCGACGGCCGUCUGCCAACUGUGACCCAUACGCGGUUACUGAGGCAAUUGUAAGGACAACCAUUCUAAACGAGACUGGCAAUGAGACUAAAGACUAUGGAAACUGA